GAGAGAGAGAAAGUCUAGAGAGAGAGAGUGAAAGUCUAGAGAGAGAGAGAGAGAGAGAGAGAGAGAAUGGGGGGUAUAAUGAAGGGGGGUGGUGGACAUAUGCAUAGCAGCAGCAGCAGCCGGAGAUGGAAUGUAUAUAUAUCGAUAGCGGUGUUAGUAACGGUGGUGUUUGGAUGCGGGGUAAUGGGUAUUCACAGAAUCAGAGGCAAACGGAAUAUUCUCAAUCUUCUCAUCAAAGAGAAAGAUGAUCAAAUUCUCUCUCUUCACCUUCUCUUGCAGAAAGAAAGAGAGCAGAUGCAAGAAGUUAUUAAGGAAAGAGAAGAGAUGAAGAUGAAGGUAUACAACCUUGGAGGUCAAAAAGUGGAGCUCAAAAGCAAGUUAUCGGAAAUGCAGUCGACAAUCUCUUCACUAAAAGACGAACUUUUGACCAUCGAAACAGCCUUUCAGGAGAAGCAAAACGAGACCAACGAUCAAAAUCACCGAAUCGAAACCCUAACAGAGACACUACAGAACAAGGAAAACGAAAUCGAAGAUAUGAAGCAACGUCUUCAACUAAAAAGUGCUUCUAAUCACAGCGAAAAUGGGACGAGCAAAAAUUCUGAGGAAACGAGGGGCGAAAAUGGAAGAGCCAACAUUGUAGAGAGAGAUGAAGAUAGUGAAGCGCGUGCGAAAUUGCAGGCGCAAGAAAAUCCACAUGGCGAAAACUUAAGAGUUAGUGGGAAACGGAGAUCGUAUUUGAGAAGGACAAACGGAAAGAGAUUGAGAGUGAUUGCUAAACAAAUACCAGGAAAGAGAAAUAAUAAAGUCGAAGAGCGGAAACCGAUAAUCCAACUCAACGAGUCUGUGGUGAAAGAUCAACGGCUCAGAAUAGAUGAUUCUAUCGAGCAAGGUAAGACGAAAGUGGAGUUGAGAGAUUAUAUUGAAGAAAAUAACAGCACAAAACCUGUAGCACGGACAAAUUCAAGUACUGCACUGGAAAAAGCGAAAAACGAAAACUAUGGCAAACGUGAUAAUAACAGCAGUCAAGGAGAAAAAGAAGUUUCCGAAAAAAUAAGAGAUAUUCAAAUGGAGAGUUUUGAAGACAGCGAUGAAGAUAGAGACGAACCAGAUCAGUUUUAAAAUUAAGAAUUUCUGAUAUG